AUGGUAGCCCCCAUCGACGGACUCGCAGACGCCCCAGGUACUGGCUUCGAGCCAGGAAAGAAGAACACCGCCUUGCAGAUGCACGUCGCCUUCUUCGACACCGACAACGAUGGGAUCAUCUGGCCGACGGAUACAUACGCGGGGAUGAGAGAUAUCAAGUUUGGCGUCGUACUGGCCUUCCUGUCUGCUAUGAUCAUUCAUAGCGGCUUUUCUUACAUGUCCUGGGGAACGUACCUCCCUGACCCGUUAUUUCGUCUCAGAAUAAACCGUAUGCAUCGAGCCAUCCACGGCUCAGACUCACGCUCGUACACCACCACCGGCGAGUUCGACGACAACCGCUUCAACCUCAUCUUCGACAUGUACUCUUCCGCCCCGCAUACCCACCUUACGUUCUCGGAAGGGUGGCGUAUGUACCGUGGAAAUAUGAAUGCCUCCGACGCUUUUGGGUGGUUCGCCUCUGCGUUCGAAUGGCUCGCGACGUAUAUCAUGCUCUGGCCUACUGACCCGAAGGGAAUGGCCAAGGAGGACGUGAAAGCGGUAUUUAAUGGCUCCAUCUUUUACCGUAUUUCGGGGAGGAAGCCCAAGCUCUAG